AUCGACAACGACCAUCACGACGACAACGCCGACCACGACAUCCGCGGGCACAAGUACGACAACAACCACAACGUCCACCAGUACAACGACCGUUCCGACAACAACAACUACGUCUACGACUACCACAUCGACUACAACAACGCCCACUACCACCACAUCCACCACAACCGAACCUACUACCACAACGACACCCACGACAACGACCACGCCUACUACUACCACCACCGAAUCAACUACUGCAACAACACCCACGACAACUACGACAACGACCACGCCUACUACUACCACUACCGAAUCAACUACCACAACAACAGCACCCACGACGACAACGACCACGCCUACUACGACCACCACAGAACCAACAACCACAACACCGACUACGACCACCACAACGACAACGACCACAACUCCUACCACAACCACGGAGACUUCGACAACUACCGAACCAACAACCACAACACCGACCACGACUACUUCUACCAGUACAACAACAGAGCCGACAACAACCACGCCCACCACGACGACUACUCCAGAAACGACAACUACAGAAGAACCUACGACAACAGAAGAGCCAAUUACCACUACGGAAGCCACUACAACCACAACACCGACAACCACAACUACACCAACGACGACUACAACAAUGACAACGACAACGCCAACAACCACACCAAAAACGACCACAACACCCACUACCAGGACAUCGACAACAACCUCCACAAGUACUACGAGAACAACGACACCAACAACUACGACGAAACCAACUACUACAACGCUGCGAACAACAACGCCAACGACAACAAGGACAACCAGAACAACAACCACAACGCUACCUCCAAUGUGCGCGCAGCCAUAUACGUUCCCAAUGAAACCAAAUCCACCGCCUCCCACUAGUAUUAUGAACGCGGGCUGUUAUAUCUAUCCGGAUACGUAUGCCAACCCACUUGACACUUGCAGACAUUUAACAGCCGCCGACAAACCAGACAAAAGCUAUUUCUGGUGGUGCUGUGCCAAGUGGUCUCAAAAUCCUAAUUGCCAAGGACCU